AUGUUCUCGUCAUUGGAUUCGAGGGUUAGAGAUAUGACGAUAUGUGCAAACACUUUCAAGCUCAUGCAGCUUUACUCAGUAUUUAAACCGCUACCUCAAUUUGGUUACAUGUCCAGUCUAUACGUUACUCUCACUGCAUAUGAUUUGAAAUGGUUUCCAAUCUUUCUGAGUAGCCCGAAUCUGAAAUCCCUCAUCUUGGAACGGAUUGGUGGUUCUUUCCAUCAACUGUCUCCCAAGGCGAUGGAACGAGUUAGUAUUUCAUCUGUGACUGAGUGUUUGCUAUCGUCCCUCGAGUUUGUUGAUUUCAAAUCCCCAAUUUGGGAACUUGCUCCAGAAAUGAAGCUCGUAUGGUACUUCCUAGAGAAUUCUCCCACCCUCAAGAAACUCACUCUACAUUUGAAGUCUCAUUCAAUAACAGAUGACUUCAUCAAAAAACUCCUCAAAAUCCCAAGAUGCUCUACCGAAUGUGAAGUUGUCUUUCUUUGAUUGGUAAAGAGCAGAGAGAAAUGCAGGUUUAGGCUUUCUUUUAUGUUUGUUUCUUUGGAGUAAAAAUAGGGAUAAAAACUGUUUAAUUGUACCUCUGCAAGAAAAACUCUUGUUGUUGUUGUUGUUUAACAAGAAAAACUCGAUUUCAUGUUACAACUUAAGGUUAAGGUAAUAAUUAAGCUUAUGUUUCUUAUU